UUCCAGACACUUCAUUAAUGGUCUGCCAUGCUUAAUGGUUAUCUCCAUGGUAACAACCACUUCAGGACUUUUGCCAUCUGUUCUUUAUCCAGUGUCUUUGCCAUCAUCAAUAACAAUCAUGGGAGAGAGGUCAGCUGUUAUAUUUAAAGUUGUAAAGUUAAACACAGCAAGUAUGAUUUUGUCUUACACUCCCUUCUUUUGUAAAAGGUACCAGCCUGCUGCAAUAACAUACUACCUCACAAACAAAGUUCAUUUCAUUUGUUUUCAUCGUCUUCAUGAAGACAAUCAGUGGUAUCUUUAUGAUGGUGCUGAAGAACUUAGUAGACCAGGCCAUGGAGAAGUUAAAGCGACAGCUUCGGUUGUGCAACGAAUCUUCUCUAGUACCUGCCAAUUAGGCCAUCUUUUGUGCAUUCGAGCUGAUGUAGAUAGUCCACAGACAAGAGACACAGAUGAGCCAUACAAGAAACAUAGCAUAUAUCAACAGAUUUUGAAGGCAGAGAGGUGGUGCAAUGAAAACAAACACCAUUUCAAGGAAGAGGUUGCACCACCACCACUGCUAUACAUGACCAGAGAUGAGGCAGAAGAGGCCCUUCACAAAUUUCACACUUUGCAAGAGAUUGUCAAUGAAGAUGACAGAGCUGACAUCCUCGUGAAUUUUUCAUUUGUUUUCAAAGAAAUUGAGGAUAUGCAUUUUUUUAUGCAAAAUGUUAGAGACAAAAUGAAGCUUAGAGUUUGCUGUGAAAAGAUUUAGAUUCAUGCACCCAGGUCAACAUGGAACAUGAAAAAUUAUGUAAGACUAAUUUAUUUUAUAAUA